CGACGACAACGAACAAUAAAGUUGUGUUUGUCUAUGAUGACGUAGCUGUCAUGGCGGCGCCCGUGGAAAGCUCCGGCUGGUUUCCUGCUCUAGCAAUCGCAGUUUCUCUGCUGAAGUGUCUUUUUAUCAACGCAUAUCAUUCGACGGACUUCGAAGUACACAGGAACUGGCUGGCCAUCACCCAUAGCUUACCGGUAUCCAGGUGGUACUACGAGAACACCUCUGAAUGGACGCUGGACUACCCGCCGCUGUUCGCCUGGUUCGAGUACGGCCUCUCGCAGGCCGCGGUGCACUUCGACCGGGGAAUGCUGGUGGUGGAGAACCUGAACUACGCCAGCCCCGCCACCAUUCUCUUCCAGAGGCUGUCCGUCGUCUUUGCCGACCUGGUGUUCAUCUACGCUGUGAAAGAGUGCUGCACUACUGUCAGAGAAGAGAAAGCCGCCAAGGACCUGUUGAGGCGUCCGUGUUUCGUACUGGCUGUGCUUCUGCUGUGGAACUUCGGCCUCUUCAUCGUUGAUCAUAUUCAUUUCCAGUACAACGGGUUCUUGUUCGGCUUCCUGCUUCUCUCAGUGGCGCGGCAUCUACAGGCCAGGCACCUGGAGGGGGCGCUGUGGUUCUCCAUCGUGCUCAACUUGAAGCACAUCAACCUGUAUGUGGCUCCGGCCUAUGGCAUCUACCUGCUGAGAUGCUUCUGUUUCACCCAGGACAACACAGACAGCUCUUUGAGAUGGAGGAGCUUCAGCCCGGUCCGUCUCGUGUCUCUGGGGGCCGUCGUCCUCUCCGUCACCGCGGCGUCCUUCGGGCCCUUCGUUGCCAUGGGCCAGCUUCCCCAGGUCCUGUCCAGGCUCUUCCCCUUCAAGAGGGGCCUCUGCCACGCCUACUGGGCCCCCAACUUCUGGGCCCUCUACAACGUCCUGGACAAGGCCCUGUCCAUGUUGGGUGUGCGUCUGGGGCUGCUGGACGUGGCCGGUCUCCCCAAGGCGUCGAUGACGGGCGGCCUGGUGCAGGAGUUCCAGCACGCGGUGCUGCCCUCGGUGGCCCCCCCCGCAGCGCUGCUCUGCACCCUGCUGGCCAUGCUGCCGGCCCUGUGGUGCGUGUGGCGGCGGCCGUGCGGUGGGCGGGGCUUCCUGCGCUGCCUGGUGCAGUGCGCCCUGGCCUCCUUCAUGUUCAGCUGGCACGUUCACGAGAAGGCCGUGCUGCUGGCCGUCCUGCCCCUCAGUAUCCUGGCUGUUGAAAGCAGACGGGAUGCUGGGAUAUUCCUGAUGCUGGCCACUACGGGCCAUUACUCCCUGUUCCCACUGCUGUUCACCCCAGCAGAGUUUCCCAUUAAGGUCCUGCUGAUGCUGUUGUUCACCAUCUACUCCUUCACUGCUUUGAGAAACCUUUUCAGUGGAGAGGGUUCCUUGCUUCAUCCUCUGGAAGCCCUCUACCUUCUGGGCCUGGUCGCCGUGGAGGUCCUCUGCGAGGUCGUCUUUCCUCUGUCGCCGUGGCAGCAGACCCUGCCCUUCGUCCCCCUGCUGGUGACAUCCGUGUACUGCGCCCUGGGCGUCUCCUAUUCGUUUGUCCGACUUUACGUCUCCCUUCUGACACAGGAAGUUACUGAAAAAACCAAACGUCUUUAACAAUGCUGCUGUGAGCGAAAAUAUCUAGUUCUCUUUAAAAAACAUACAUGCAUUGUGUAGUGUUGUACAUAAUUUGUAUAGAAUUCUCAUGAAUCCGAUGGGACUUGGUGUUGCUGUAGCAACCGAAUCCUCAAGCAUAUCAAGGACCAGUGGUUGACGAUGGAUCAAUGAUAGGCAAUUAGAAUUAUUUGCCAUUUCUAAGAAUCAAUUUUAUAUUUGCAAUUUUGUGAUUAAAUAUGCUAUUUGAUACA